UGUUAGCUAGCUGGGGUUCUUUGACAAAAAUAAUAUUACUAUACACUACUACUAUUAAUAAUAACGUAUAAAUAUAAAGGGGGAGAGCGAGAUAGAGAAAUAGGGCGCAAGAUAGAAAGAGAGAAAGAUAGAAGAUGGGGAAUGUAGAGGAGUACAAGCCGGUGAUUGCCAUGUUGGGGCUGCAACUGUGUUAUGCAGGAGUGAUUCUUACCUCUGAAGCUACUUUGGUUAAUGGAACAAGCCCUCGGGUUUUUAUCUUAUAUAGGCAAGCCUUUGCAACCAUUUUCAUCUUCCCAUUUAUCCUCUUCACAAGGGGAAGAUCGAAGUUAUCAAAUUUGGAUCUAAGAAGCUUUUCUUUAAUAUUCAUGGCCUCGCUUGUAGGCAUUACCCUGUAUCAAAAUCUGUAUUUUGAAGGUAUCUACUUAGCUUCAUCGUCGAUGGGAAGUGCCAUGGGUAACAUCAUCCCUGCAUUCACCUUCCUAAUCUCAUUUCUCGCCGGAUACGAGAAGGUGAAUUUUCGGAAUAUCAGAGGCUUAGCGAAGAUAUUAGGGACGGUCAUAUGUGUAGUAGGAGCCGUAUCCAUGACUCUGAUUCGUGGGCCAAAGAUUCUCAACUCGGAAUUUUCUUUACCGAUAGCGAAAUCGUUACUAGGAAAUAUUAAGGACCAGAACUUAUGGCUGUUUGGUUGUUUGUUGGUGUUCGUUAGCACUCUUUGCUGGUCUUUUUCGCUCAUAAUUCAGGUUCCAAUAUCUGCCUAUUACCCAGACCACCUCUCUUUAUCAGCGUGGAUGUGUUUAUUCAGCACGAUACAAUGUGCAAUCGUCACUUUCUUCCUCGAGAAAGACCCAAACGCAUGGAUUCUCCAUUCCUACUCCGAGUUAGCGACGUGUCUCUACGCUGGAGUUGUAACGUCAGCGAUUUCUACUACGGUCCAAGCUUGGGUUAUAUCUAAAAGAGGCCCUUUGUUCUCAGCAAUGUUUAAUCCUCUCUGUACAGUCAUUGUCACAAUCUUGGCUUCUAUGUUCCUUCAAGAAGAGAUGUUCACCGGAGGUUUAAUCGGAGGAUUAUUUGUGAUCAUGGGACUUUACAUGGUGCUCUGGGGUAAAGCAAAAGAUGUUGAUGUCAUGAUAAUUCAAGAACAGAUAGACAAUAAUAAGAACUCAGAAGUGAAGAUUCAAAUCGAAGAUUUUUCAGACACUGAAAAGUGUAACAAUGAUCUGAAGAAACCCCUUCUGUCCUAACACAAAUUAUCAGAAGAAAUCCAAACACAGCAACAGUUAAAGAAUUCAAGAUCUCUUUCUUCUUGUGUUUCUUAAAUUUUGAAAUAUAUUUGUUGUAAUAAAUGUAAAUUGUGUUAUGAAUAAAUAAUCUAAGUCUAGCUUCAAGAAUAACAAACUUUAAUGUCAUGUACUUAAAAAAAUGUGAUCCAUCUCGUCCUAACGAUAAGCAUUGGACUAACUCGUGAGCAUUAUCCCAAGACCACUUGUAGAAAGAGCUGUCAUGUUAAAAAAAAAUGUGAUAUCAUCGUCGCAGACCUACUUAACUGAGACGACGCAACGUGGAUAAUAGAUCGAGAGUGGAGGAUACGUUUUGCUGGCAGAAAACAAAAGAUGGCAUCUAUAGUGUCAAAACGGGAUAUUACUCUCUUCUGGAGGAUAGGGGCCGUAACAAUGCUGUGAGAACACACCCGGAAGAAUUCAAAUGGAAACAACAUGAAAGUUCUGAUGGAUACCGAUAAACAGUUGAACAAGAGCAGUACCAAGAAAAAUCAAACUUGUAUAUUAAGAAUCACUUAAACAAUCUUCCUAGAUCUGUUUAAUCCGAUUUACUCAACGUCACACUUGACUAGAGACGACCAAUUCUUAAUCUACCCAAGGUACGUGAUCGAGACACUCUCACCACUAGCCUACUCAAGAUCGCAGUUAAGAACACUCUCUUAAACUCGAUGUAUAACCCUUAAAAAGCACACCUUAGUCGAAAUGCCUAACCACACAUAUAUACUCUAGCUAACUGACAUAUUGACUCAAAUCUACUCCAAUCUUCUUGUUCGCCAACUGGCCAAAUCUCCUAGAAUAUUGGAUAGAUAUCUUCGACUAACAAUUCUCAAUUGUUUCCUUCACAAUGUAUGACACAGCCCACGGCCUGUGUAACUCAUCUGAACUCCGCUUGUGUAACACAGCCCACGGCCUGUGUAGAUCACGUGAUAUCGCUCAAACCUUGAGCUAACACAACAUGUCUGGUCGCUCAACACUUCUGAAAAAUUCAAAUUGUUUGUAUGGAAGCUUUUUAGAGGGGCAUUGCCAAUAGGAAUUUGUGGGUAUUUGUGGGUUACUAUGAACAAGUAACCUACAAAAUCAGUGGAACCCAAAUAUCAGUAUGGCAUGUGUUCUAUGUCCAUCCACUAUGGAGACUAGAAAUCACUUGUUCUUCUCCUGUCAGUUCUCGGCUCAGGUAUGGAGUUCGCUAAUGCGAGGCUUGCUUAGAGAUGAUUACAGCUCAUAUUGGAAUGUCAUUACGACACUCAUCAAAGAUCCCACUUACAACCAGGUCAAACUCUUCAUUAUCCGUUAUGCUUUCCAAGCAACUGUCCACAACAUUUGGGGUGAAAGGAACUGUCGUCGUCAUGGGGCUCUGUGCCAUCACCUCCGAUUAGAAUUGUGAACCACCUUGACAAAACAAUUCGCAACAGAUUAUCUACAAUCAGGUUGCAUGGGAACAGAGCUUACGAACAGGGGCUUCUGCCUUCUGGUUUUGUUUGGCUCUAGGACGAAUAGUUAGGUUAUUCUUUCAUUAAGUUCCUUUGUUCUUUUUAAGUUUCAAACACAUCUACAAUAAAGAUGCACCCAGGACCGGUCCAAAGAUUGGGAAUUUUUUCUAUUACCCUAAGCCAAAAUAAAUAAAAUUAUAUCUUUACAUAGGGAAAAUUAUAAACAAAAAAUACAUAAGGGAAAAAAAAAUAUAUAGCUCAUGGGCCCCAAUCCGUCGCUUAUCGCUUGAUGCACCUGAUGUACACAGUCUUUUGUUUGAAUAUAAUUUCACAUUCAUUCAAAAAAAAAAGUUUCUUGUAUCAACAAAACGUUGUUGCUCAUAAACUCUCCACCGGGGACAACGUUUCUUUAUCCUUGAGUCUUUAUCUUGAUGAGUAUCUUGGAUUUUGCUGUGACCUCUUCGCGCGCUGAUCUCGGUUUCCUCCUCGUCAAGAUCUUCUUGCUUCUUCUCACGAUCUCCACCUUAGGCAGCUUCUUUAGUAUGAUGUUUAAAGUUUUGUACUAUGAAUGUAUGUUAUAAUAGAUAUUAUACCAUUUUGACAGAACCAUCUCCAUUCGAAUGGUAUAAUAGGAGUAUAAUAGACAUUAUACCAUUUUCAGAGAACCAUCUCCAUUCGGAUAGUUCAAUUUGGAUCAGCCAACCGAUUUUCAAAAUUAAACCUAAAAUUCCAAAAGUCAUCCAAAUGAUCUAUCUGAAUGAGUUGCAUUUUUAUUGACUAAACGAACAAAAUUCACAUUUCCAUCCAGAUUUCCAUCCAGAUGGUUCAUCUAGAUCGAGAAACAAACAGGUUUUAAUGGACUAAACUGAUGUAUUUGGAAGGCCACUGAAUUAUGCUUUCUUUCCUGAACCGGAGACCCCUUACAAACCACUCGUGACAAGCACAUGCUUGUACACGGAAGCAUGGCCUUGCCAUCAGAAACAAAGAAAGGUGCUGCACGAGAAAGAUUAAGAAACAUAUUUUAAAGUAGUAUAAUAAUAUCAAAUUUACAAAAAGAAAAAGUAGUAUAAUAUUUUUUGCAAAAAAAGAAAAAAAAGAAAGAAAACUAGGUAUAAGAUAGAGCAUAGGCUAGGAAACGUUUUCUAACAUUAGGAACAACUGACUGCUAACACUAUGCAUUAUAAGCUUUGUAGAAUAACUAGGUGUUUUCAUGCAUCAUCUAAAUGAUGAAUUUUUAAAAUUAAAUUAUAUUUAAAAAUGAAAAAUUAAUAAUAUUAUAUUUUAUUAUUUUUAUCAAUAU